CCCUCUCUUCUCUUUCUCUUCUUUUUACUUUUAUUUGUUUUCAAAAACUACUAUUUUUUCUUAACGAGCAAAUCAUGUAUCCUUCUUCAUCUUCUUCCUUCUCCUCUUCAAUGACCUCCUCCUCCUCGCGGCACCACAGACCUCUGGGUCCCACCAACCUCACGCGCUACGUCUCGGCUCCAGGUUCUCUUUUAACUUCGGCCGUCGAUUCCGUCAUCGGAUCGCAUCAGCCGUCGCUCGUGCCGCCUCCUCACUACUUCUCUUCGCCUCACGAUUCCUCCUCUUCUUGCUCUUCCUUCACGUCCGACUCAACCUGCAAAGUCAACUCAUCCAACGAUGCUAAACACUCCAAAACCGGACUCCAAAGAUCCUACGGCUUCAAUGAAAUCGCUCACUCUUCUUUGCUCAGACAGAGAAGCUCUCCCGCUGGUUUUCUCAACAAUCUCACCACUGAAAACGGUUUUUCAGUUACAAGGGAGACUGGAAACUAUAACUCCCAAGGCGGCUCUGGUGGUGGCCUUGGAGUGUCAAGGUUAAAGCCUCAAUUGAGUUUUACCAGACAAGAUUCUCUUUCUCAAAUCUCUGAAGUAAGUGAGAAUGGCAUUGAUGGAGUUAGCUCUGGUAACCGCCAACAAAAUCCUGCACAUUCAUAUGCCACAACUAGUUUUGGAUUAGAUUCCUGGGAUAAUGGCAAUUCAAUUGUGUUUUCUGUCCCACCGAGUAAACGAACUAAAACUAUUGAUGGAGAUAUUUUUAACUGUCUCAAUGCCUUGGAAACUCAGUUUAGCCUGCCACAAACAUCUCUUGAGAUGGCCACAGUGGAGAAGUUACUCCAGAUCCCUGAAGAUUCCGUCCCUUGCAAAAUCCGUGCUAAACGUGGCUGUGCCACUCAUCCCCGCAGCAUUGCUGAGAGGGAGCGAAGAACUAGAAUAAGCGGCAAAUUGAAGAAACUGCAAGACCUUGUUCCGAACAUGGAUAAGCAAACAAGCUAUGCCGACAUGCUGGACUUGGCAGUGCAGCAUAUCAAAGGCCUUCAAAAUCAAGUUCAGAAAUUGCAACAAGAAUCUGAGAAUUGCACAUGUGGGUGCAAACCAAGCUCAUGAUGAAUGGUAAUGAAUAAAACAAGGGAUGAAAUUGCAGUAAGUAGACUAAAAUUUUGUACUCUUACCCAAACUUUUUGAUUGUUGUAACUUUGAAAUGUAAGGUGUAAGUAUGAUUUAACUAAAAAAGUGUAUAUAAGAAACUGUAGUUUUUGUUUUUA